GAUAGAGAGCUGGGAUGACAGCUGCGUGACGGAGGGACGGCGGAAGGCGGGCCGUCCGUGAAACAUCAAAUGUGAAAAAACACGCUGCAAAAACACAGAGGGAGACACGUAUUUUCAGAAUGAGUCCAAUGGAGCUCGAGUCUGAUCCGUCGACCCAACCGACGUCAGAGACGGCGUCCGAGCCUCCACCUCUGGUCCUGAACCCGGACCCGUCUGGGACCCAGCAGCAUCCGCACCUUCAGUCUGAGAUACAGAUGUCAGAGGCCGGUCUCGCCGACAACGGCGUGGAGCACCGGCACCGGGCAAAGCCCGCGUGGAUGAACCGCUGGAGGCUCUUCCUCUUCAUUCUAGGGCUCCUCUUCUUAUGCGCUGCGGUUCUAGGACUCAUCUACUACAGACACCAGAGAAAUAACCAGAGAAAUAGCCAGGCGACUCCAUGUCUGUCCCCGGCCUGUCUGAGGGCCUCGGCCCGCCUGGUGGCGUCUGGUGACCCCUCCACUCAGCCCUGCAGCUACUUCUCCUCCAGAUGUGGCUCCGGCAGGCUCUCUCCAGACCGCGGGGGAGGACAGGGAGCCCGCGGCCUCCCUGGACACCCGCAGGUCCAGAGCGAGAAGGCUGCGUUGCCGGAGAGGACGGGCACAGGUCACGAGGGAGGGGGCGGCGGGCUGACGGAGAGGAAGCUGCUCCACAGGAAGACUGUGCUGCUGCAGUACCUCAGAGAGAUCCUAGAGUCCAAAGACCGCUUGAAUGGCUCGGCAGCAGAGAAGGCCAAAGCGUUCUACAACUCCUGUCUGGACACUGCAUCUGUGGAAACAGCUGGAGUGGAGCCUUUCCUGGCACUCAUCCAGAAGGUGGGAGGCUGGGCGGUGUCGGGCCAGUGGAAGCAGGCCGAUUUCAACUCCACCCUCAUCCUGCUGAUGAGGGAUUACAACACCUUUCCCUUCUUCAAGCUCUACAUGGGCACAGACCCGCGCGACACAGCCAACGGGACCCUUAAACGAUACAUACAGAUCGAUCAGCCGAAUCUGCUGAUCCCCAUUGAGUGGAACAGCAGGACGAACAAGUCUCAAGUCAAAGCUCAGACGCUGAGGCCCUUCCUGGCCUUGUGCCAGCGCUACCUCUCCUUCCUGGGCGCCACCGCCGGCAGCAGCAUGAUCCACGCCGGCACCUUCAUGUCCCUGUCCUCCGAGCUCGCCGUGAGCGCCGCGCCGCCGCGCUACCGCCGCGCGCGCGGGCAGCUCUCCCAGCGCGUGAGCAUCCGGGAGCUCCAGAGCCGGGCGCCCGCCGUGGACUGGCUGCGCUGCCUGCAGGCCGUGUUCCACCCGCUGCGCGUCGCCGCCGACGACCUCGUGCUCGUGCACAACCUGCCCUACAUCGCGCACAUGUCCCCCAUCAUUGGGAAGUGGCUGAACAAGCACGAGCUGAGCUCCAGCGGUCCGCUGCAGACGUACAUGGUCCUGAACCUGCUGCACACGCUCAUCCCCGCGCUGGACGCCAGGUUUUACGACACGGCCAGGAACCUGUCUGUGGCGCUGGGAAACGCCGACAAGGCAGCUCCUCGCUGGAAGUACUGCGUGCUGGAAACGGGGCGAGGACUGGACCCGGUGCUCACACACCUCCUCGGUGAGAGGGUGGCGCACAGAGAGGCAGGGGAGCUCAUUCUAUACAUUUUCUACUCCCUCACGGCUAAACUGCGCGAGCGCCAGUGGACACAUCAAAGGACUCUUCAGUCUGUGAUGGAAAAGAUCGAGUCUCUCGUUCCCAGACUCUGGAUUCCUAAAGAGCUUCACAGCGAGGCUGAGCUUGAUCUGCUUUUUGCUAAGGUGGUGUUUGAACAGAUUAACCCUUUGUUGGACGCUCUUCCUGGAUCUCACGUCAGCUGUGGACUCUUAUGUUUCCAGGUGUCACUCAACGGCAGCUUCUUCUCCAACUAUGUGCAGCUACUGUCCCUGUGGCAAAGCAGACGCAGUAAACCCUUGAUGGAGCAGACGGAGAAGACUGACAUUCUGUCAGUUUCACCAUUUGUCCUGGAUAAUAAGCUUCUAAUUCCCAUGGGAAUGUUCCCCCCCCCUUUUUUCCAUCCAACCUAUCCCAGGGCAAUGAAUUAUGGUGGGAUAGGUUUCCUUAUUGCCAAAGAUAUCCUCCACCUUCUUCUGCCUCGCAUUUACUCGCAGAGUGAGUCGGUGCGUGCUGAGGGGGAAUGUGUGUGGGCCAACUUUCUCAACCUGACAGAAAAAGACAGCAGAGCUGGAGCGUCUCAGUGGAAAGCACAGCAGGAGGCGUGGGUGCAGUAUUCUGCAUUGCAGAUAGCUCUGCAGGCUUAUCACCAGAGUCUGAAGCAGCACCCAGCUGACACGUCCAUCUCAGGAUUGUCGUACACUCGUCUGUUUUUCUCGUCUUUCUCUCAGAUUAGCUGCGACUCCGACCCUGAAUUCAUGCCCUUGGAGCCGUCCUUCUUAAUCACAGCUGUGUGCAGCAAAUUUAACAUGUGCCCUUCAAGCCUGCAGUGUCUCAGCAAAGCCCAGCAGCGUUUACUACAAAACUGCUGAACACUGUCGUCUGAAAGCUGCAGGAUUUAUUUUCUGUUACCAGAUACUGAAGUCUGUCAGAACAUACAUUGUGAAUGAAGACAUUAAUAAGGACACUGUGAAUGUUUGCAAACUGUUUACAGUAUGUUACACAAUAGUACCAAUAACCCAGGUCCAAGUGACUUUUUCUGAGAGUCCUAAUUGUUGUAGUUUUUGGAUGUUCUAUUAUUUGCACAACUUGUUUAGUGAACAUUUGAAUAAAUUAUUUGAAAAUCA